UCAACUUUCGUUGACUUGGAGGAGACGGAAGUGAAUCUACUUUUGUUUGUUUGCGGAGGAUCUCCGUCAAGCAACCAGGCCGUGGAAUAAUCGCAAUGGGCGGCUACGGCGUGAUGGCUGAUGAGGAGACCAUUGAUUAUUCGGUGCACGAGGCGUGGAACGAGGCCACCAACGUGUAUCUGCUCGUUAUCCUGGUCAGCUUCGGUCUGCUUAUGUACGCCAGAAAGAACAAGAGGAAGAUCAUGCGCAUUUUCGCGCUGCCUCCGGCAGUGGGAUCCGCGCCUGAGCCCAACUUCUACGACAGCCUGCAGAAAGUGCGGCUCCGGCAGCAGCUCGAGAUGUACUCCAUCGCCAGGAAAUUUGAGCAGCAGCAGAGCACAAGUGACAAUGUCCAGGUCUCCAUGGAGUGAAGAGUUGAGGACAUGGCUUGGGAAAUGAGGAACAACACUUUGGUUGUCUUUGUAAUUUAUCGUACAUUUCUGUACAGUAGCAGGUACUGAAUGGCUCGGGUUAAGGACAUAUACACUUGUAACCUGGUUGCUGGUUCAUUCCCCACGUUCUGCUACUAUUGCAGCACCUGUGAUCGAUACGUCUAAGUAUACACUCAUUGGCCACUUUAUUAGGUACACCUGUUCAACUGCUCAUUAACAUCUAAUCAGCCAAUCACAUG